AUGGUGCUGGUGGACGCGGCGCAGGACUCUUGGCCGCGCGACCUCUCGCUGUACGUGCUGCGCUGCAUGUACGACGUGCCGCUGCCGGAGCACGCCGAGUGCCUCGCGGUCGACGCCCUGCUGCGCAUGCUCAGCCUCGACUUCGAGGUCGAGGAGCCGGCCAACGUGGAGUACAUGUCGCCCUCCGGCCGCGCGCCCUUCAUCAAGUGCGGCCGCCAGCUGGUCUCCGAGCUGGACCCCAUCUUGCACCACUUGUCUCGUAAGGGCGUCUCGCUGUCCGGCGACCUGACAGAGGAAGACACGCAUCGACAGGAACGGCUUUGGUCCUUGGUUCAGUGCACGCUGUCGGCGGCGGAGCUGCGCGUGUGCUGGUUGCAUCCCAAAACGCGGGAUACGCUGACGGAGCCGCAGGUGGUGGGUCGCUACCCGUGGCCGCUGAGCACCAUCAUCGGCCGCAGAAAGCGGAAUGAGGCACUCUCGUGGCUGACCGCCAGGGAACCUAGCAGCACCACGGCCUCGGACCUCGAACUCUCGCUCGACACGGUGUACAAACAGGUGGACGACGUGUGUAGCACGCUGUCGACGGAACUGGCCGGCGCCCCCUACUUCUUCGGGGAGGAGGCCACGGAGCUGGAGGCGAUGAUAUACGGCCACCUGUUCCUGCUGCUAACGGUGCCCGUGCCAGUCGGAGAACACACGUCCCUCUCCCAGGUCAUUCAAGAGUAUCCUAACUUGGUGUCUCUGGUGGCGAGGGUGGACGACGAGGUCUUUGGCCGCGAUCUAGGUAUCUUCCUGACGUCAUAG